GGUACCAAGCCGGAUUAGACCCUGAGCUGUUGAUAUUGGAAAUUAGACAUACUCGCCGAGGAUAUAGAUUUCUUUGUAGUUUUGGUGUUCGUUGUUACCAUUGCUUUGCGAUUUACACGCAGCAGAACUGGAAUGAUUUGCGCCGAAAUGUUUCGAUGACGACAUCUCUGUCAAUUAGAAUAGGUGUCAAUGACUUCCUCCCAUCGUGUUUUCUUUAACCAAAACAAAGAAAAGCACCAAAGUAGGUAAUUAUACCUCAACAGCAAGCAACAUGUCGAACCCCGACCUCAUACGCAGCUACUGGAGAGACUUCAUUGACGGGAGUCACAUACUUCACCACCAAGGAGUUGUCGAUGCCUAUGGCCACCUGUCGUUCCGCCACCCGCUCAAGUCUGGCGUUUUUGUGAUGUCACGCAACAUCGCGCCGGCAACAAUAUCCUUGCCCGACGACUUGGUCGAGUACUGGAUCGCGAAUGCCGAGCCUCUGGAUCCAAACUCAGCCAGCGGUUACGCCGAGAGACAUAUACACUCCGAGAUCUACAAGCGGCACGCCAACAUCAAUGCCGUAGUGCACAGCCAUUCUGACGCCGUCAUCCCGUACACCAUUAUGAGCGUCGCUCUCAGAGCGUGCUACCACAUGGCUGGCUUUCUCGGAGCAGAGGGCGUGCCGGUCUACAACAUCACCGAGUAUUUGGAGCAAGGUGACCUGCGAGACAUGCUUGUGCGCAACGAGCACCUCGGCAAUGCGCUUGCCAGAUUUUUCGACGACGGAAAUUCGGUAACUCUGAUGCGCGGCCACGGAUUCACGACCGUGGGAGACAGCAUCCAGCAGGCAGUUCUGCAGGCAGUUUACACGCAGCACAACGCGGCAAUCCAGACGGCGGCCUUGACAAUAGGGGCUUCUUCCGCGUCCAUGACCCCAAGGGCGGCGCCAUCGAGCAUUCAGUACUUGACAAAGGAGGAAGCCCAAGCCGCGGCUGAUAUGACGAAAUGGUCCUCCGGGAGACCUUGGAAGCUGUGGACUAGAGAGGUAGAAGCGUCGGGGUUGUACGUCAAUUCUGCUUGAAUUGCUUGACUGUUUCAAUUUAUCAUAAUGAGUUUCGGUGAGAAUAUGUAGCUUUUUCCUUUAUGUCAUAUCAAACAUACGGCUAAAUUAAUAUGCCCAAAGGCAUAUACACUCUACGAGCACCUGUUAUGUUUACCGAGCAAGACUAGCAAGAAACAUACGUCCCCUGCUAGGGUGUGUCCACAAUUUUACCAACGGCUUUCAAACUAAGAUACCUAAACAAGAUGUUCAGCUAGAAACUAGUAUCUUGCAGGAAUAAUGUGCGUUGGAUAGUCUAGGACCCCUGAAAAAAACUAUGAGGGGAAGCCCCACAGCAAAAAAAAGAGGAAAAAAAUAUACAACACCAGGGUAUCGCUGAUGGUCAGCCCACCCAACUACUAGUCUGGCGGUCGCUGACUUGUCUAUGGGAGAGCCGACGGGAUCCCGAAUUUCCAGUGCCUAUGGUCGUAUGUGGAAGAGAAGAGAUCAAACGGCAUUGAUACGUGAUAUUGG